CGAAGUAGGAAUUAAUAACUGGUACGCGCGAAUAUCGACGGCCAGCUCAACCACCACCGUAGGCUCAGUAUAUACACGCUGUAUACCGAGUCGGAUAUACGGACACGUGUCUUGAUGACGUGGCAGUUGGCUUGGCGCUCCCCACUUCUUCCUCCUCUUCUUCUUCUUCUCUCUCUUCCUUCCCCCCUGCAGAAGCCUUUCGUUUUCCCUCCGCUUUUAGAACAGAAAGAGAUGAAAAUGGCGGAAUAAGAGAAGCUCCAGCUAGGCUUAGGGUCUGUUUUUCCGUUUUUCCCAUCGAGAUUUCUCUCGAAUUAUUUCAGAUGCUUGGAGAUCGUCGAGAUUUUGAGGAAUCGUGCCCUUUUUUAGGUGUUAGGAGGUGAAGGGACGGAGAUUUUGAGAGAUUUUCCGAUUCUGAGGAGGUCAUCGGCGUUGAAAGAUCCAGAUGCAGCUGCUUGAACUUUGAUACCGGAAGCAGGAAGUACUCUGUGAGUAAAGGGAAUCCAGGCUGUCAGAAAGCAACUAACAUUUUACUGUUUGUAAUUCGAUUGGUGGCUAUGGGAAACACUGAAGCUGGGACACCACCUAAAUCUGAGAAAGCAUCUUCACCUAUGCAGGAACAGACCAACGUUCAUGCAUAUCCUGAUUGGGCUGCGAUUCAGGCAUAUUAUGGACCUGGGGUUGGUUUGCCACCACCUUAUUUCAGCCCUGCUGUUACAGCUGGUCAUCCUCCCCACCCAUACAUGUGGGGCCCACAGCAUAUGAUACCACCUUAUGGGACACCAUAUGCAGCUAUCUACCCACAUGGAGGUGUUUAUGCUCAUCCUUCUGUGCCUAUUGGACCACACUCGCAUGGUCAUGGUGCUACAUCAACAAGCGAGAAUGCGGUGGCGACACCUUUAAGCAUAGAAACGCCUUCCAAGUCAUCAGGCAACAAAGAUCGAGGUCUAAUGAAGAAGUUAAAAGGAUUUGAUGGGCUCGCAGUGUCAAUAGGCAAUGGACAUUCUGAAAAGGAAACAAGUGGUGCAGCACGUGGGCACUCACAGAGUGAGAAUUACGGCACAGAAGGUUCAAGUGAUGGAAGUGAUGGAAAUACCACCAAACAGGGAAACGAAGCACACAAGAAAAGCAGCAGCGAAGAGACACCAGUGACAGGGCAAUCAGCAGCAGGGAGAGAGGGGAGCAAUGACACACAUGCCAACAACACUCAUGGUGGAGAGGCAAAUGGAUCUUCUACUAGGUCUUUGGGGGUUACUGUGGCGGUUAACGGCGUUGCAGGUAAACCUGCAGGAACCGCUCCUCCGCCUAGUAUGACACCGGGAAUGGAGUUCAGAGGUCCCACGAGUGGGAAAGCAAAGUUAAGUUCAGCUACUGUUCCUCCGGCAGCAGGCAUGGUGGUGCCUGUUCAUGAUGGUGUUCCUUCUGAAGUCUGGAUGCAGGAUGAGCGCGAGCUGAAACGAGAACGGAGGAAGCAGUCUAAUCGAGAAUCUGCUAGAAGGUCACGGCUGAGAAAACAGGCAGAGACUGAGGAACUUGCUACAAGAGUUGAAUCCUUGAAUGCAGAGAAUAUGUCCCUUAGGUUGGAAAUGAACCGUCUAACAGAAAAAUCAGAGAAACUGAGGCAGGAAAAUUCUUCAUUGAUGGAGAAACUGAAAAAAGCACAAUUAGGACAGGCAGGAGAAGGGGAUGCUAAUAAGAUGGAAGCACAGGGGGCCCCACCCGUGGCCAUUGAGAAUUUGUUAUCCAGAGUAAAUAACUCAAGCUCGAUUAGCAGAAGUGGGCAGCGGGAGGGCGAGAACCGUGAGAGUUCUAAUUCCAAGGGAAAGCUCCAUCAGCUGCUGGAACCUAAUACCAGGAAAGAUGCUGUUGUUGCUGGCUGACAAAAGAUACUGGCGCUUACACAAUCAAUUUUCCUUUUUUGUUUGUUUCUCUUUUAUUUCCGUAAUUUUGGCUUUAUAUUAUUGGCCUGAAAUUACUUCUAACAGCGAACGGCUAGAUUACAACAGAUUUGACGAAGAAGGAUUAGUUUGAGAGUUGAUGGUUCUUGGUGGGUUGGGACAGGACACGGCAGACGUGCCGAGAUGGACCUUGAAAAGAGGAGUCCCAUUUUUACGGUGAGUUUCUCUUUUAACUCUUUCAGAGCGUAACCUAUGAUCAUUAUACCCCACCUAAUGUUGUUUAAAAUCAGAACAAUUGAAAUUGCUGUAUAUUGAAGUUUAAACUAUGAGGGGCAUGUAUUAAGAGUUCUCUCAAACGUCUUGUAUUUGUUAUUUGAUAAUGGUUAAUGUGAUUUGUGACUGUUGAGACUCUAA